CAUCACCAGCAGCACAGAGACAUGCAAUGAGCGACCACCCGCUCGGUACCAAGGUCCGCGUCAACGCUGGUACCGGCGUCGUACGCUGGGUUGGCGCCGAUCCUGCCUUCGCCCAGGGCAAAUGGGUCGGCAUCGAGCUCGACACACCUACGGGCAAGAACAACGGUAGUGUCAAUGGCGAGUCAUACUUCUCGUGCGAGCCGCAUUAUGGCGUGUUUGUCCGCCCGAGCCAGAUGCAGGCGUUGGAAUUACGGAGGGCGCCGCGCACCUCCACGCUGCCGUCUAGCUCUGGCUCCUCGCGCAUUACGAGUAGAUCCACGACUCCAGCGCGUGCCGGAACGGGCGUCCGAACGGCGCCCACCCCGAUACCUGCCACCCCGAGCCGCUCCGUUUCGAGAACGUCGAACGCUGAUGUACCGCCCUCCCCGGUUGCAGGACCAACGGGCACGAUCCGCGCGGCGACGCGCACUAGACCGCCAGCGAUAAGGACGACUGGUCCCGCGGCUGGGCGGAGGGCGAGCGUCCUCCCGUCGUCGAGUGCGAGCUCAACAGUGCCAUCCCCGCGCAUUCCCGCGUCUCCAGCGAUGAGCCGCCGUGCUUCUAUGAUCAGCAACAGCCGCACGCAGACGCCAGUCACGGCGACACGAGGUAACACGACGGCGCGUAGGGCGGAGAGGACCGACGAGGAGCUUAUGCCACCUCCCCCGGUGCCCGAGCGCGUUCCACCAGAAACCCCCCGUCGUCCUGCAGAACCCCAGCGGAGCGGCAGUGGCCUCCCCUCGCCCCGACGCCUGUCUCGGCGGUCCCCGAUUCAGCCUGAGUCUCCCUUUGUGGCCGUGGAGCGUGCCGACUCGCCCGAAGAAGGCGACACUACCAUCCUUGCAUCACCCAUUAGCUCCUCCGUCGCCCUUUCCCCUUCCACUCGUUCACUCACUAUCCAUGGGAGCCAGUCCCCCGCCUCUCUUCAGCCCUCACCCAUUCCUUCCACUCCCUCAAACCGAACCUCACCUCCUUCUCCUAGUCCUCGCCUGCCUGCAACGCUCCCUUCUCCACAAGCAUCCACCAACCUCUCCCUCACUUCCCCACGCACUUCCACGACACUCCCCCCUGCCUCACCCCGCUCUCCUCUCACUACCCGGCGACCGCCCACUCCUGACUCCACGGCGGCCGUGUUUGCACAGAAACGUGAGCUCGAGGAGUUGCGAAUCAAAGUUCGUCUUCUGGAGAGCCACCGCGCCGAGGACCUGGCGACGAUCAAGAGCCUUGAGAAACGUGCUGCUGAGGGCGACUCGCUUCCGGCUAUCCGCGCCAAGCUCCAAGCCAAGUUCCAGGAGCAGGCGACAGAGAUCGCCCGGCUCAAGCGCGAAAACUCGGACGUGCGGUCUGAAAAUGAGCUGCUCGAGUCGCAACGGCUGGACGCGUUCGAGCAGGCAGAGAUGGCGACACUCGACCGCGAAGUUGCAGAGGAGAAGGCUGAGGCAGCGGAAGCCGAGGCCCAGCGACUCAACGAGAAGAUCCUGGAGCUUGAGCUCGAGGUCGCAGUGCUCAAGGAGGAGAACGCUGAAUACGAGAAGCCUAUUGAUGGGCUCGAGGGCGGUGUACAUACAUCCAUCGCGUACAUUCAGCUCGAAAAACACAACGAGCGGCUGAAGGAUGCGGUCAUCCAGCUGCGCGAUAUGCUUCAUGAAACCGAGAAGGAGUACAAACUUAAGAUACAAGACCUCGAGAAGGAGCUGAGCAGCAACACCGACUUGAACGGGCGCUUGGAGCUUACAACGGCCAAGCUUGCGCACGCCGAGGCGCAGGUGGAGGAUUUGAAGCAGCAGUUGGAUGACGCGCUUGGCGCCGAGGAUCUACUCGAGGAGCUCACCGAGCGCAACCUGCAGAUGAGCGACAAGAUGGAGGAGAUGCGGGCGACCAUUGACGACCUCGAGUCCCUCAAGGAACUCAACGAUGAGCUGGAGGAGAACCACGUCGAGACGGAAAAGCAACUCGAGGCUGAGAUCGACCGCGUCACCUCCCAGCUCAAGGAGGAGGGCGUGCGAUCGGCUGAGCUCGAGGUGCUCGUAGUCGACAUGGAGGCGACCAUUGGGCAGUUCCGCGAACUCGUCGGUAACCUGCAAGCCGAGAUCGACGAGCUGCGUGAGCAGCAUGCUUCGCAGCAGUACGACUCGGCAGCAGCGAGCAAGGAGAGCCAGGCGCUUCUUAACCUCAACCUCAAGCUGCAGAGCUCAGUAGUCAAGACGCAGUCCAAGACUGUCGAUCUCGAGUUGAAGAAGCUUGAGGCCGCUCAGCUAGCUGAGCACCUCCGCAUCGUGCAGGCUUACUUGCCCGAUGCGUACCUCGAGUCGGAGGCAGACUCUGUCUCUGCGCUUCUCUUCUUCCUUCGCGUGGGCGAGAAGGUCAACAUGCUCACCAGCGUCAUUUCCAACAUCCACGGCCUUCCCGGGGCGCUGCACACUGUCUCAUCAGAGGCUCUGGUCGGGGUGUGCGAGCUUCGCGGCAAGCUGCGCACCUUCGCAACCCUCAACCGUCGCUUUGCGGCAAUCAUGCGGCGCACCCAACCAGACGACUACGUUGCCCUGGGGAGGGUGGUGGGCGAGCUCGCCGGCGUCGAGUCUCGAGUCGAUGGGUGGAUCGCGAGCGUCAAGACGGACGAGUUCAAUGACGGCGAGUGUGCGCGCGAACUGGACGCGCUGCUCGCGCAGUUCAACCACCUCGCCGAGGUCAUGUUCAACCACCCCCUCGACGCGGGCGAGCAGCAGGUCGCGGCGGCGUAUACACUCGAGGACGACCUGGACAACUUUGCCGCCGCCGUCGGCUUCGUGCGUACCGAGAUCAUGGCGCUCGUCAACGAUGGCGACGUCGACGUCGAGCUGGGCGAAUACACUCUCGACGAGGCUGUUUAUGACCCUGUACAGCGCGUUUUGAACCAAGUACGCGCGGUCAAAGCGCCGGCGGGCAAGCUCGUCGCCGUCAUUGAGGAGGUCGCGGCGUCUGAAGCCGCUCUCGCACCCGAGUUCUCGGACGGCCUGCGAGACCUCGUCGGUUCCGUCAGCGCUGCGGUGGACAUGGCUGUGCGCCUGGCACAGCGCGUGCGGCAGCAUGUCGAGUCGCUCCGCUCGUCGAAAGGCGCCCUGCGUCUCUCGGACAUCGACAAGUUCCUGGCCGAGGUUACGAAGACGGACGGGGAGCCGUGGGACGUCAUCGCGUCCUUCGUCCAGCGCCUCGGCGCAGACCUGUCGGACGUGCUGCCCAAGUUCCGCGCAGCCCCGAAGUCGGGGCAGACCAUCUCGUUCGCCGCGCCCGCGCCCUGGCUCGCGCGCGUCGCGGCCAUCAAAGAGGCCGCGUCGUACAACGCCGAGGCGGAGCGCCGGGUGUCCCGCCUCUCGGACGAGCUGCGGGACAUGGUGCGUGAAAUCAAGCUGCGCGACCAAAGCUUGCAGGAGGGCAGUGUGAAGAUCGAGACGCUCGAGCGCCGCAUCGAAGGCGCGCGCAAGCAAGCCGACCACAUCCUCGAGUUGGAGCGCGAGAUCGCCAAGGCCCGCAGAGCCGAGAAGGAGUACGAGGACGCGAUCGAGCAGCUGCAGGCCGACCAGGCGGACUUGGAGGCCGAGAACGCCAAGCUCCGCCGGCGGCCCGCGAGCCAGGGCACGGCCCCGGCGCCGGAGCCCACGACGGGCGAGCAGGUCGCGGGGCUGCGCGCCGCGCUGCGCCACUUGCGCAGCGAGAACGCCCUCCUCAAGUCUCGCGAUUUGUACGCCGACGUGCACAUGCUCCCGCCGUUGCGCGCGCUGGCGCCCGCGCUCACCGCGCCAGAUAUGACGCAGGAGGACAGCGACGCCGAGUCGGACGGGCCGGCGACGCCGCUGGGCAGCCCGCGCAUCGCACACCCCGCCCUCCCCGCCACGAAGAUCGCGCUCGAGACCGAGUCCAAGAUCCUCUUGCGCGCUGUCGCGGCGUACGCGGCUUCGCCGCGCAUCGUUGACAUCAGCGGGGUCGACGGGUGGAGCUGGCACUCGCGCAAGAACUCGCCCGAGGCGCAAGCGUGGCGGCUGGCACGCGAACGCGGGCGGCUCGAGGGCCGCGUGCGCGACUUGGCGGAGCGAGUGCGUGCUCUGCGUCAGUAGAGGUGAUAAUUUACCAUGCAUCUAAUACCUCGUUCUGGGACAGGAAUGGGGAUGCAUGGCGAGAGAUGGCUAGGCGAUUG